AUGGCUGCUGCAAAUCCAGCAAAAAUUCUUCAAGGUGAAGUGACUUGUUCAGUGUGUCUAGAUUAUUUUAAAGAUCCAGUGUCUCUAGAUUGUGGGCACAAUUUCUGCCAAGCCUGCAUCGCUCAGUGCUGGGAGGGAUUGCGUGUAAACUUCUGGUGUCCUGAGUGCAGAAGAACCUUCUCCCAGAGAAACUUUAAACCAAACAGACAGCUAAGGAAUAUUGUAGAAGCUUCCAGAAUGUUUACAGUGAAGUCAACAAAAGAACCAGAAGUUGAGAGAGUGUGUGAAAUACACAAGAGGGCUUUAGAUGUCUUCUGCCAAGAGGAUGAAACACCCAUUUGUAUGGUUUGCCAUCUGUCCCGAGAUCACAAAGAACACACUGUGGUUCCCAUAGAGGAGGCUGCCGAGGAUUACAAGGACCAAAUUCAGAGCUGUUUGGAGAUUUUGAAGAAAGAGAGAGAAAACAUUCUGUCAUUUAAAGUGAAAGGGGAAAGGAAAAGCCAGAAACUGCUGAAACAGCUAGAAACUGAGAAGCAGAAGCUUGUGUCUGAAGUUCAGCAACUGUACCAGUUACUGAAGGAACAAGAGCAACUCCUCCUGGCCCAGCUGGAAGAGCUGAAUAAGGAAAUUGAAAAGAGGAGGGCUGAGUAUGUUGCCAAACUAUCUGAGGAAAUAUCUUCUUUCAGUCACCUGAUCAGUGAGAUGGAGCAGAAGUGCCAGCUACCAGCGAGUGAAUUCCUGCAGGACAUCAAAGGCACCUUGAGCAGAUUUGAGAGGGAGAAGUUUCAGAACCCAGUGGCCUUUUCUUCGGAACUGAAAUGGAGAAUCUGGGAAUCUUCUCAAAGGAAUGCAUCUCUGGAGACCAUAAUGAAGAAAUUCAAAGACUCACUGUCGUCUAGACAGCGGUUGGACAAAGCGAAGGUGACUCUGGAUCCAGACACGGCCCAUCGCCACCUCAUCCUGUCUGAGGGUCGGAGACGUGUGACAUGGGGACGCACGCGGCAGGCUCUGCCCCACAGCCCUGAGAGAUUUGACUAUGAGCCCUGCGUGCUGGGCUGUGAGGGAUUCACCUCGGGCCGACACUACUGGGAGGUGGAGGUGGAGGUGGAGGGGGAGUGGAGGGGAGUCUGGGCUGUGGGGGUGGCCAGAGAGUCCGUGGGCAGGAAGGGACGGAUCAGCUUUACCCCUGAGCAGGGGAUCUGGGCUGUGCAGGGCAGAGGAGAUCAGUCCCGGGCUCUCACGUCCCCUGAUGAUCUCACCCCCUUCUCCCCGAGCCAGGCACCCCGCAGGAUCCGGGUUUAUCUGGACUGUGAAGGGGGGCGGGUGACGUUUUUCGAUGCUGGUCGCGGGGACCCGAUCGUCACUUUCCCGCCGGCCGCUUUCACCGGGGAGAGAAUCCGCCCGUUCUUCUGCACGGGAUUCGAGGGAAGAUCUUCUGCUUUACUGUACCGUUCCCUGGGCCGACGCUGCCAACUCACACUGUGUCCCUGA